UUGAUGUUGGUGAUGGUAUGUGAGGUACUUUAUUGAUACUCAUGGAGUAUUUUAUUGUGUUAAUAGUAUGUUGUAUUGCCAAAAAUAGAAAAAUAGGGUAAAUAUUAUCCCAAUCUCUCAUAUACCUAACAUAAAAUUUUUAAACUUCCGGUUGGCCUUAUUAUAUAAUAUAUCAGUUAGGUAUCUUAGCAAAAUUAAAUUAAAAUUAAUAAUAUUGGAUAUACUAUAGCUUAACUUAUAUACAGCAUUUGAAGAAGAUUUAAAUACAAUUUUAACUGACGCGAAGUAAAAUAUAGUAAUAAAACUAAGUGAGUCUAUGACCUAUAAUAUGACUUAAUAAUAUAAAAAUUUAAUUGCAAGGACGAUUUCGUUGAAUAAUGAAUGUUGAAAUGUUUCGCAACACUUUUAUACUCUCGCAGCAUGUUGCUACAGAAUAUAUUAGUUAUUUGGUAUACUGGUUCACAUUACGGAGGGUCAUCUGCAAUUAAAAUUUUUUUUUUAAAGUGGGUGUGGUCCCGCCCCCUAAUAGGUUUAAUAUGCAUAACUCCUAAACCGCUUAAGCUAUUAUAACAAAUUCACAUUCUAUUUCACAUGGAACGGUAAAGACAGUCAGGAAUUGGUAGAAUGCAGCGUAGGGGUGCAAUAAGGGGUUGAACUGAAAUGUACUUCCCACAAAGUUGACAACAAACCGUUGUAUUGCAUGCGAGUGCCAUCUAUCGACGAACUAAAACAAGCUGCAUAGCAGCUGUUUUUUGACAUUUGGAGUACAGCAAUGCUCCAAUCUUGCCAAUAGGGAGCGCGCUCUGUAUUUAACAAACGAAACAUCUUCAACAUCUUCAACUUAGCUAUGGCCCAAAAUACAGCAAACUAUAACUAGAAAACCAAAUAACUUAUGUUAUAACAUGUUAGUAGUUGAAAAUGCUUUUACUUUUCAUGGAAAAAUGCCUUAUCCAAACCAUGAGUCCGGAGCACUUGUUCUGUGCUCUUACUGAGAAGUCAACAGCCUACAGCGUAAAUACAUAUGUAUCUAUGUAUGUAUGUGCCUAUGUACUAUAUAUGUUUACAAAUUUUUGCUGCUUGCUGCGCGUCAAACUGUAUACGCAUGUAUGACCUUCGGACAAGGUGACCGAUGAAAUUUUGGGUUUGAAGAGAGUUUGACAACUGCAUUCCACAAUGAAGUUGAAUUCAGCACGGUCGUAGGAAUCACAAACAUUAACUGCCCGGUUUAAUAGGUUAUCAAUAGUUGUACUGACUUUGAUGGUGACUUAUGUGCUAGUUUUUCGUAAUUAACAACCACAUUCCGUGAACAGUUUUCUCAGUUUUAAUCGGUUAUCAGUUGACGAACUUUAGUAAUUGAGUGGUAAGAGAUUGAAAGCAAGAGUACGACACACUGUCUGUUAAUUAGGGGAGUACAUAUAAGAGAGUGAAUGUGUUAGAGCAGAGUGCAGCGGCAAGGAAAAUAAGCUAAAUUUUGAGGGCGAGCGUGUUGUCGCCAAAGAAAAAGAUUUUACGCUGAGAAGUACUCCAGAGCUCGUAGCAAACGGUUGUUGUUCGUUGUCAUCUGUGGUCGUCCGACAAAAAAAUAUUUAAACGUCAUUGCCUUUAAACUACUGCGGUGCGGUACGGUGUGCUGCUGAUCUAGGAUCAGUUUUUUUCGGUUAAGUAACAAGUAUUUGCAAAAGUAAAAAGGAAACUUAAGUGCUUUCUACAAUUGCCGUAAAAGUUGAAUAACAAAUAUUCAGUAUUGAAAGUUAAUCAGUUAGAAGUGCCGUUGAAAAGAGAAAGCAAUUGCGAUUUUGCAAUCAUGUCGAGGCCACCAACAGAUGAGGAGCGCCGCAAGCAAAUUAGUGUGCGCGGCAUUGCCGAGGUUGGAAACGUAACUUUGGUUAAGAAGAAUUUCAAUCGUCAUCUGCAUUACACGUUAGUAAAGGAUCGUAAUGUGGCAACUAUGCGCGACUACUACUUUGCCCUGGCCAACACUGUGCGCGAUAACAUGGUUGGCAGGUGGAUCCGCACCCAGCAGAUGUACUAUGAAAAGGACCCUAAACGCGUCUACUAUUUGUCUCUGGAAUACUACAUGGGUCGUUCACUCCAAAACACCAUGAUCAAUCUUGGCAUUCAAAGCGAAUGUGAGGAGGCCAUGUAUCAAUUGGGUUUGGACAUUGAGAAUCUCGAGGAUAUCGAAGAAGACGCUGGUCUGGGUAACGGUGGCUUGGGUCGUUUAGCUGCUUGCUUCUUGGAUUCUAUGGCAACACUCGGUUUAGCGGCUUAUGGUUAUGGUAUUCGUUAUGAAUACGGCAUUUUCGCACAGAAGAUCUUAAACGGUGAGCAGCAAGAGGAACCCGACGAUUGGUUGCGUUACGGUAAUCCAUGGGAGAAGGCACGUCCAGAAUUCAUGAGGCCCGUGCACUUCUAUGGACGCGUUAUUGAUACACCCGAGGGUAAGAAGUGGGUCGACACACAGAUUGUGUACGCUAUGCCAUAUGACAACCCCAUUCCUGGUUACGGCAACAAUCACGUCAAUACAUUGCGUUUGUGGUCGGCUAAGAGUCCCGUCGAUUUUAAUUUGAAGUUCUUCAACGAUGGUGAUUAUAUCCAGGCCGUGUUGGAUCGUAAUUUGGCUGAAAAUAUUUCACGUGUACUUUACCCCAACGACAACUUCUUCGAGGGCAAGGAGUUGCGUCUUAAGCAAGAAUAUUUCAUGGUCGCGGCCACGUUGCACGACAUUGUACGUCGCUACAAGGCUUCGAAGUUCGGCUCACGGGAAAGUGUACGCCAACACUUCGAUCACUUCCCCGAUAAGGUUGCCAUCCAAUUGAAUGACACCCAUCCUUCGUUGGCUAUUCCCGAAUUGAUGCGUAUCCUCAUCGAUGAGGAGAAUUUGGAAUGGGAUAAGGCUUGGGAUAUUACUGUACGUACCUGCGCUUACACCAAUCACACCGUCUUGCCCGAAGCCUUGGAACGCUGGCCCGUUUCCAUGCUGGAGUCCAUUUUGCCAAGACAUUUGCAGAUAAUUUAUCACAUCAAUUUCCUGUUCAUGGAAAAGGUGGCCAAGCAGUAUCCUGGUGAUUUUGACCGUAUGCGUCGCAUGUCAUUGGUGGAAGAGGAUGGCGAGAAACGCAUCAACAUGGCGCACGUGUCUAUUGUGGGCUCACAUGCUGUGAACGGUGUAGCCGCUAUUCAUUCGGAAAUCUUGAAAAAGGAUCUCUUCCGUGAUUUCUAUGAACUGGAGCCACAUAAGUUCCAAAACAAGACCAACGGUAUUACACCACGUCGCUGGUUGUUGCUCUGCAAUCCCGGUCUGGCUGACUUAAUUGCCGAGAAGAUCGGCGAUGAGUGGCCAGUACACUUGGAACAGUUGGUAGCUAUCAAGAAAUGGGCCAAGGAUCCCAACUUCCAACGCAACGUUGCACGUGUGAAACAAGAGAACAAACUGAAGUUGGCACAAAUCUUGGAGAAUGAUUAUGGCAUCAAAGUGAACCCUGCCUCUAUGUUCGAUAUUCAGGUUAAACGUAUCCAUGAAUACAAACGUCAGUUGUUAAACUGUUUACACAUCAUCACUCUGUACAACCGCAUUAAGAAGGAUCCCACCGCCAAUUUUACGCCACGUACCAUUAUGAUCGGUGGCAAGGCCGCGCCUGGUUACUAUGUAGCCAAACAGAUCAUAAAGCUGAUCUGCGCUGUCGGCAAUGUUGUCAACAACGAUCCAAUUGUGGGUGACAAGCUGAAGGUAAUCUUCUUGGAAAAUUACCGCGUCACUUUGGCCGAGAAAAUCAUGCCCGCCGCUGAUCUUUCGGAGCAAAUCUCCACUGCCGGUACUGAAGCAUCGGGUACGGGCAACAUGAAGUUCAUGUUAAACGGCGCCCUCACCAUUGGUACCCUGGACGGCGCCAACGUUGAGAUGGCCGAAGAAAUGGGCAACGACAACAUCUUCAUUUUCGGUAUGACCGUGGAGGAGGUGGAGGCGCUUAAAAAACGUGGAUACAACGCCUACGACUACUACAACAGGAAUCCUGAGAUCAGACAAUGCAUCGACCAAAUACAGGGUGGAUUCUUCAGCCCAAGCAAUCCAAAUGAAUUCAAGAACAUUGCGGAUAUUUUGCUGAAGUACGAUCACUACUACUUGUUGGCCGAUUACGAGGCUUACAUCAAGGCACAAGAGUUGGUGUCGAAGACCUACCAGAACCAAGCUAAAUGGUUAGAGAUGUCCAUCCACAACAUUGCUUCCAGUGGUAAAUUUUCUUCCGAUCGCACCAUUGCCGAAUACGCCAGAGAUAUUUGGGGAGUUGAGCCUACCUGGGAGAAACUGCCCGCACCUGAGGAUACACCAGCAGCAAAAUAAAUUAAUUUUGAUAUUACUGAUAUACAUUAUUCUUUUGAGAUUUAAUUUAAUUUUUAUUAAAGUCCAUUUAGGCGGAACUAUUAUUUAAUUGAAAACCCCAAAAUGCAAUCUUAUUUUAUCGACACAUUUAUUAUAACUCAUUUUAGGCGUAUUGAAAUCACAAAAAGUGAAGAUUUGUUGACCUAAAACAUAAACUUGAAACGGCCAAAGAACAAACAUUAACAAAGCAAUGAUACCCAAAUAUCCUAAAAAUACACAAUUUACAAUAAAGUAAAACUACUAUUGCAACAAAAGCCUACCGCAACAGCUCAGGAAUGCAAUGUAAUUAAUUGCAAGACACCAGCAUAGAUAUGAACAACGUUUGAAUUUAUAUAUAAACAAACCAACAAACAUACAUUUUAGGAUAUUUGAUAUUUGAAUCGAUGUUUUUAUUAAAUGUUAUUAAAAAUUAAGUCUUUUAACGAAUUGUUAAACAAAAUCCAUGCAAUUGCGCAAUUCAAAAACCACAAGUGACACACAUGUGACCAAGGAAUUGUAAACUAUUCUAUGUAAAAUUGCUUAGAUAUCGUUAAUAAAUUUGAUCCUCAAAUGGUAAACUAAAA